GAUUAUUAUUUUUAAUUUAAAUUGAAAUUAGCAGCAGAGUAUAUUGUUGAAUUUUGGUGUUUUUUUUUUCAUUUUCAUUCCGAGGGCCCACGGCCUUGAGAACCGUGACUCGGCUGGAGGUUAGAACCCGAACGUGAGAGUGACUCGUGAGAGUGUGAGACCGUUCCAGUCGCCCAAACAACCCUGAGCCGAUAUCGACCUCCGACACCGACGACGAAAUGGCCGAAAAGUACUCCAAUUUCAUGCAGACGGUCGACAAGUAUCUGUACGAUGAGAAGUCCCCUUUUAAGCCCCUUUUCGACUUCAUCGAGGGGAAAACAGGCGUCAAACGGUUCUAUCUCUUCAUAAUAUUCGUUUCUUUUGUCGCUUUAUACCUUGCAUUCGGGUAUGCAGCACAGUUGCUCUGCAAUGUCAUCGGCUUCCUUUAUCCAGCGUACGCUUCAAUGAAAGCGAUUGAAACUCCACAAAAGGGCGACGAUACGAAGUGGUUAACUUACUGGACCGUUUUUGCUUUGUUCUCCAUUUUAGAAUUUCCUUCUGAUGUCUUGCUCAGUUGGUUUCCAUUUUAUUGGCUAUUGAAGUGCAUUUUUAUGAUUUGGCUUUUCUUACCAAUUAGCGCCAAUGGUUCCAUUAUUUUGUACAACAAUGUAAUUAGGCCUUACUUUCUGAAGCACAGCCAAAAAAUUGAUGGCGUGUUCUCUAAUCUUACAGAUUCAGCAACUGGUGUUCUCGCUGAAGCAGUAUUAAAAGCACAAAAAUCUGAAUAACUAUGCACAUUGCAGUUACCAUAUAACUUCACCAAACCUCACCAUUUCCAAGUUGUUAGCCGUUGUUGAAAUUAUUAGUGGUUUAUAUUGCUUCAGUAUUUGAACAAACUUGUAUUUUUAUAUGUGUUACAAUGCCAAUACAAAUUACCUUUUUCUAUA